GCUAGGGUGCAAAGAAAGAAAGUCCGACCGAGUGAGCUAUUGGGACAGAGAGUUCCCGAGCAAACGUGCGAUUCAUUACAGAGUAUCAGGAGGAGAAGGAAGGAAUAGCAGGUAAGUAAGAAUGGCGGAUGAACACAUGAUUAAAGAACUCUCUAUUGAAGAGAAUGGCACCAAGGAAGAGAAUGUGAAUUUUGAGCCUUCAGUUAGCAAUGGAGAUGAUGAGCCAUCUGCGGGACAGAACGAUGGUGAUGAGAAGAAAGCAUUACUCAUUUGCAUUAUGCAACUCUUUCUUCCAGAAGCUGCAAAGAAGAAAAAGAAGAAAAAUAAAAGCAAGAAGAAGAAGGAACCUGCUCAGCAGACUGAUCCACCCUCUAUUCCUGUUGCUGAGCUCUUCCCAUCUGGAGAAUUUCCAGAGGGAGAAAUUCAACAAUACAAAGAUGAUAACUUAUGGCGUACAACUUCUGAGGAGAAGAGGGAAUUGGAGCGGCUUGAAAAGCCUUUAUAUAAUUCAGUUCGACAAGCUGCAGAAGUUCACCGACAGGUGCGCAAACACAUCAGAAGCAUUUUGAAGCCUGGUAUGUUAAUGACCGACCUCUGUGAGACAUUGGAAAACACGGUUCGCAAGCUAAUAUCAGAAAAUGGUCUUCAAGCUGGAAUUGCAUUCCCUACGGGAUGCUCGUUGAACUGGGUCGCUGCUCAUUGGACUCCCAACUCUGGUGACAAGACAGUGCUUCAGUAUGAUGAUGUGAUGAAGCUGGACUUUGGGACCCAUAUUGAUGGACAUAUUGUGGACUGUGCAUUUACCGUGGCAUUCAAUCCCAUGUUUAACCCGCUACUUGAAGCUUCACGUGAGGCUACCAACACGGGUAUUAAGGAAGCUGGGAUCGAUGUUCGUCUUUGUGAUGUUGGUGCUGCAAUCCAAGAGGUCAUGGAAUCUUAUGAGGUUGAGAUAAAUGGAAAGGUGUUUCAAGUUAAAAGUAUCAGAAACUUGAAUGGACACAGCAUUGGGCCAUAUCAAAUUCAUGCUGGAAAGUCGGUUCCUAUUGUAAAAGGAGGGGAGCAGACUAAAAUGGAAGAGGGUGAAUUUUAUGCAAUUGAAACAUUCGGCUCAACAGGGAAAGGAUAUGUUAGAGAAGAUCUGGAGUGCAGUCAUUACAUGAAGAAUUUCGAUAUUGGCCAUGUGCCAUUGAGGAUGGCAAGAGCAAAGCAGCUGCUAGCAACAAUAGAUAAAAACUUCUCAACAUUAGCCUUCUGCAGGCGGUACUUGGACCGGAUUGGAGAAACCAAGUACUUGAUGGCUCUGAAGAAUUUAUGCGAUUCCGGCAUUGUGCAGGUACUUUUUUAGCAUGCGAAGAAGUUUAGAAUCGUCCGGAUCACUUAAAAAAUAUUUUGUUAUCAUAUUCUUAAUCAUCAAUCGAUAUUUGCUUAACCUUUUCAUCACCUUGGUGUAUGAUCAAAUGUCCUUCUGAUUAAAGUUAACUUUUUUAUAUAAUGCAAAUAGUCUCUUCCAACAGAUCAUAUAUUUGUGGUCCUUUCGUUAGUUCUACAUAGCUACAAAGAACUAUGAUUCGAACUGUUGAAGUUGUUAAUGUCUGAACUAUUGAAGUUGUGGCAGUUAACAAUUUGCUCUUUUAUGGCAGCCGUACCCUCCUCUUUGCGAUGUUAAGGGCAGCUAUGUGUCCCAGUUUGAGCAUACAAUCUUGCUUCGGCCAACCUGCAAAGAGGUGAUAUCAAGAGGUGAUGACUAUUAAUUACGAUGGUGAACUUUGAACAGAUUCAUGUUGAAUGAAUCCAAUCCUAUGAUUUUGCUUGUACUUUGAUGUUAGUGAAAAAGAGUAGAACCAUAAACAUGCUGGGUUUUCUUACAUGGCCCUGGCUAGAUGAUUGUGCGUUAAGCUAUAGAACCGUUCUCUGAAUCUUGAAUUUGCACCUCGUAACAUUCUCUCAUCUAUGUUGUAAUCUCAACUUGUCAUGUUCAUGAAUGAUUUUCUCAUAGUUCUAUGGAUGCUUCUGCACAUUCUAUAGAUCUCUUCAGCUUUUUUAUGCAUAAUGUCCCCUGCUACAAAUUCAUGGACAACACCAUCAACUUCAAUGAAACUGCACCCUACUGUUGUCUCUAUUUCAGUUUCAUGCAUAAACCUCCUGAUCUUAGUUGCUUCCAUUUUCCUGCCUGCAUUCCCUAACAUCAACUGUCCUAGUUUCCACCUAUCCCCUGACAGUGGCUCGACCUCCAUAAGCUGUUGAAAGGCCCAGCUGCCUCUUCGUACAUCGUUGUGCUUCCUGCAACUGCUGAGGAACGCUCCCCAGAUCACUGAGUUUGCCUUCUCGGGCAUAGAUGCAAUGAGCUCCUCUGCCUCUGCUAGCCUCCCUGCUCGAGCCAACAUAUCCACCAUGCAUCCAUAGUGCUCAAUGGAUGGAACUAUCCUGAAUACUUUCACCAUCUGAUCGAAACACUCCUGCCCUUUCCCGAUGAGCCCCGAGUGAUUGCAGGCAGAAAGUACAGCUGUGAAGAUAACUCCAUUGGGUUUGAUACCAUGACCAACCAUCUCAUCGAACAACUCCAGACACUUUGCUGCUUGGCCGUGCUUGGCCAACCCCGAGAUUAUGGCUCCCCAUAAGACAAUAUCUCUGUCCCUCGACGCUAUAUUUUGGAAUAUUUCAUAGCUACACUGUAUGUUACCGCACUUGGCGUACAUGUCAAUGAGAGCUGUUGAAAGAUUGGUAGAAAUCUUCAUCCCGGCCCUUUCGAUGUACUUGUGAAUCCAUCUCCCCUGUGGUAAAGCUCCUAAGCGUCCACAAGCUGUUAGUAAGCUCACCACCAUCGACUCGUUUGGGAUAAGUUCCGGAUCACUCAUAGACAUAUCCUGGAAAAGAGACAAUGCCUCUAAAUCCAUCUCAUUCCGUGUGUAGCCUGUGAUCAUAGCACUCCACGAUGCAACGUUCCUGUCUGUCAUCCCCUCGAACUUAGCUCUACCCUCAUCCACUCGUCCACACCUACAAUACCCUGAUAUAAUCGCGUUGACAGCAUCCACAUUCUCCUCGAAGGACUCACGAAGAACGCGCUCUGCCUCAUCCAUGAAACCCAAAGAAGCAUACAAAUGAGUGAGUGAGCUAUGAACAUAACUACCAAGUUCCCCUCCAACCUUGAUCAUCCAGCAGUGCACUUGCCUGCCAACGGAAACAGCCUCAUCCUCUUGUAGAUGCGAGCAUGCUUUGAGAACGAAUGUGUGCGUGAAGUUAUCUGGGAUUACUGUACCCUCAAGCAAGAGUUUCUUGUAGAACAAGAUAGCACGGUCGGGAGAGGAGUCAUUAAUGAGGCCUCUGAUGAUGGUGUUGUACAGAAACGCGUCGGGAGAAUGUAUCGAUGUUUUGAAGAUGGAUAUGGCUGGUUCGACGUGGGAUGUUGCUACAUAGGCUUGGAUGAGCCUCCUGGGAACAACUGGAUGGUGAUUGAUUAACCCCGAAACUAGGAACUUGGCGUGUAAUUGUCUCACUUCAUGGAUGUUGUUGCACAAUUGCAGCAAGAGAAGGUCUGAAGGAGGUUGUAGCGAGACCGAAGGAAUAGCCAUUAGCUGGUUU